UGGGGGGAAGGGUCGGGGGAUCCCUCCGCCGCCAGCGCGUGGUCCCGGCCCCCUCCACCCGCCGUCUCGGCCGCGGCCAGCAGCCCCUGCCCCCCGGGGGACGCUGACGGCCGCCGGGCGCGCCGCCCUAGCAUACGGACAGGGGGCGCUCCGCGCGGCCUGGGGCAACCCGGGCCACAGGGGCAAGAAAGUGAGGGCCCAGGUCGGCCCGGGCGUGCAGGGGCCCCGGGUUCGCAGCGGCGACGGCGGCAGCUAUAGCGGCUCUAGCAGCAGCGGGAGUGCCGGGUUGAGCCGGGAAGCCGAUGGCGGCGGCGGCGGCAGCUCCGAUUCCUCGCUGACUGCCCGUUCGCCCUCCUGCAUUGAGCGCCAUGUUACCGAGCCAAGCUGGGGCCGCCGCGGCGCUGGGCCGGGGCUCGGCCCUGGGAGGCAGCCUGAACCGGACCCCGACGGGGCGGCCGGGAGGUGGCGGCGGCGGCGGGACUCGCGGGGCUAACGGGGGCCGGGUUCCCGGGAACGGCGCGGGGCUCGGGCCGGGCCGCCUCGAGCGGGAGGCUGCAGCGGCAGCGACAACCACCCCGGCGCCCACCGCGGGGGCCCUAGUCUACAGCGGCAGCGAGGGCGACUCGGAGUCGGGCGAGGAGGAGGAGCUGGGCGCGGAGCGGCGCGGCCUCAAGCGGAGCCUGAGCGAGAUGGAGCUCGUCGGUGGGCCCGAGGCGGCGGCGGCGGCCACCGGAGGCUAUGGGCCGGUGAGUGGCGCGGUGAGCGGGGCCAAGCCGGGUAAGAAGACUCGGGGCCGCGUGAAGAUCAAGAUGGAGUUCAUCGACAACAAACUGCGGCGCUACACGACCUUCAGCAAGAGGAAGACAGGCAUCAUGAAAAAGGCCUAUGAGCUGUCCACGCUGACAGGGACACAGGUGCUGUUGCUGGUGGCCAGUGAAACAGGCCAUGUGUAUACCUUUGCCACCCGCAAACUGCAGCCCAUGAUCACCAGUGAGACUGGCAAGGCACUGAUUCAGACCUGCCUCAACUCGCCAGACUCUCCACCCCGCUCAGACCCCACCACAGACCAGAGAAUGAGUGCCACGGGCUUUGAAGAAACAGACCUCACCUACCAGGUGUCGGAGUCCGACAGCAGUGGGGAGACCAAGGACACACUGAAACAGGCGUUCACGGUCACCAACCUGCCGGGUACCACCUCCACCAUCCAAACAGCACCCAGCACCUCUACCACCAUGCAAGUCAGCAGCGGCCCUUCCUUCCCCAUCACAAACUACCUGGCACCAGUGUCUGCUAGCGUCAGCCCCAGCGCUGUCAGCAGUGCCAACGGGACUGUGCUGAAGAGUACAGGCAGCGGCCCCGUCUCCUCUGGGGGCCUCAUGCAGCUGCCUACCAGCUUCACCCUCAUGCCUGGUGGGGCAGUGGCCCAGCAGGUCCCAGUGCAGGCCAUUCAGGUGCACCAGGCCCCGCAGCAAGCGUCUCCCUCUCGCGACAGCAGCACAGACCUCACGCAGACCUCCUCCAGCGGGACAGUGACAUUGCCUGCCACCAUCAUGACGUCGUCUGUGCCCACAACUGUGGGCGGCCACAUGAUGUACCCUAGUCCCCAUGCGGUGAUGUAUGCACCCACCUCGGGCUUGGCUGAUGGCAGCCUCACCGUGCUCAAUGCCUUCUCCCAGGCGCCAUCCACCAUGCAGGUGUCUCACAGCCAGGUCCAGGAGCAAGGUGGUGUUCCCCAGGUGUUCCUCACAGCGCCGUCUGGGACAGUGCAGAUCCCUGUUUCUGCAGUUCAGCUUCACCAGAUGGCUGUGAUAGGGCAGCAGGCUGGGAGCAGCAGCAACCUCACCGAGUUACAGGUGGUGAACCUGGACGCCGCCCACAGCGCCAAGAGUGACUGAUCCGCCCUGCCACCCUGGACAGAUGGCCCACGGGAUGGCACCACUUAUUUAUUGUUGCCUUUUCACGUUUUCUUUACACACACGUUGACGGGCCGCAGGAGGGAGGCAGGGAGGAGGAGUGGGCAGCCACAGGACUGAGCCCUCUCACUCCAGCCAAAGAAAUGGGCCAGCCUGCCCUCCACCCCAUCCUCCCUCACCCUCCCCUCCUUCUAGCUCCACCUCCCCUUUUCUGUUGAUGGUGGGGCUGUCCUCCCUCCUCAGACUCCCCUCGCCAGCUUGGCUCCAUGUUUGCCAUGAGUAUUAGCUUAUUCAAUGGGACCGUGCCCCACCUUCCCACACACAGGCCUCUGUGGGACUAGGCACCGUGUUCCCCCUGAGGAAGCAGUUGGGGUCCUCUCCCAGCCUCACUGCUGACCCCAUGUCAGCAUUGUGUCUGUCACAGGCUGGGUAAGAAGAGCCCUACCCCUGCCCCUCAGGGAGCCGCCUGGGGAGAUGGGGCUUCUUCCAUCACGCCACCGCCCCGUUGUCCCUGCAGCUUCUGAGAGCUGGACCUGUGCACAGAGCAGGUUCCCAGGGCCAGCUGCCCUGCCCUGCCUUGCUGAUCCCCUCGGAACUCCAGGGACUCCUGGGUUGGAGGGAACCAUCAGAGUUCCCUCUCACCCUGUCUCCCGCCCCCUUCCUCCCAGCUGCUUUACUUAAAGUUGAUUUUGAACUUUUUAUUUGAGGAGACGAAGUGAAAACAAAUCU